AUGGUUCCCACCCUCUCCCUCCUCGUCGCCCUUUCCGCCGCGCUCCCGGCCGUCGUCCACGGCGCGCCGGCAGUCGCCCCGCUCCGCGGCUCCCCGGAACUGCAGGGCUACAACCCGUCCAACAUCCUCACCGACGAGGACACGACGGACGUGCAAUACGAGCUCGCGGCCGGCCAGACGGACGACGCGGACCUCGGCACGUACCUGGACUUCUCCGACGUCGAGAACCCGCAGCCGAUCCGCGGCUCCAAGGGCGGCACCGACCCGGGGCCGCACACGUCGGACAUCGACCGGCUGAACAGCGACAAGCUGGCGCCGCCCGGCACGGACCACGGGCAGACGAUCAACGCGCAGUGGAGCAUGGGGCUCAGCCACGCGAAGCUGGGCAAGGAGGGCGCGGGCUGGUCGCGGCAGCAGAACGAGGUGGUGCUGGCGGAUGCGACGGCGAUGGCCGGCGUCGACAUGCGGUUGGAGCCCGGUGGCUAUCGCGAGCUGCAUUGGCACGUGGCGGGCGAGUGGGCGUUGAUGCUGAACGGGACGGUGAGGGUGCAGGCUGUGCAAGAGGAUGGGAAGACGUUUGUGGAUGAUGUUAGCAAGGGCGACGUCUGGUUCUUCCCUCCUGGCAUCCCGCACUCGAUCCAGGCUCUCGAUGGCGGUGCCGAGUUCAUGCUCGUCUUUGACGACGGCAGCUUCUCCGAAGACAACACCUUCCUCGCCUCGGAGAUCUUCGCGCACAACCCGAAAUCCGUCCUCGCAAAAGACCUCCACGUCAACACUUCGGCCUUCGACAACAUCCCGGACGGCGAACUCUUCAUCUUCCCCGGCACGCCCGCGCCCAAGGACAUCGAAGAGCAAAACGUGACGGGCAGCGCGGGCGUCCUCUCGGGCGCGGCGAGCUACACGUACCACUUCUCGGAGCAGGAGGCGCACGAGGUGCCGGGCGGCAGCGUCAAGAUCGUGGACCCGCUCACGUUCCCGGCGGCGCCCAACUUCAGCGCGGCGGUCGUGACCAUCGCGCCGGGCGCGCUGCGCGAGGUGCACUGGCAUCCGUCGUCGGACGAGUGGUCGUUCUUCCUGGCGGGCAAGGCGCGCGCGACGCUCUUCACGCCGCCCGACGUGGCGACGACGUUCGACUACCACGCCGGCGACGUGGGCUACUUCCCCAAGUCGAACUCGCACUACAUCGAGAACGUCGGGGACGAGGACGUGGUGCUGCUGGAGGUGCUGCAGGCGGAUCACUUCAGCGACAUGAGCCUGAGUCAGUGGCUGGCGCUGACGCCGCACCAGAUUGUCAUCGAUACGUUGAAUUUGAGCGAGGAGGUCGUGGACAGUUUCCCCAAGGAGAAGGAGAUUGUCGUUGCGGCGAAUUAA